GAGUUUCCAGGUGGCCCUGGAAAAGCAGACUGGAGAUUAAUCAGCGAAAGCUGAUGGAGGUUUUCAGUGGAUGGAAAGUGGGCCAAAGUAACCUCGAUAUAUUUAUUUUCACAAUAUUAGGACGUGUGUGGCACAAUUUUUAAAAUGACUGGACGAUGCUUCGGGUGCGCGGCCAAAUUCACUUUGCUGAAGAAAGAGCUUGCCUGCAAGAACUGUGGCUAUGCUUUUUGUUCAUCUUGCCUUGGUCACAUCGCUUUGGUCCCCCGCUGUGGAAAUACACAGCAAAAAGUCUGCAAACAGUGCCAUGGAACACUUACAAGCACCAAAAAACAGGAUAACACUGCAAGAUGGUCACCACCAGAGAACUACAAAAAGCGGGUAGCUGCUUUGGAAGCCAAACAGCAAGGUCAAACUGCAGUUCACAAAGCAGGGUGUCAGCCACUCAGCCGUGACAAUACAUCAAAGCACCGGGGUCUUUCGAAAGAGGAUCGAGCCAUUGCUGAACGAUUGGAAAAGCUAAGGGGAGAAACAAAACCAAAAUCUAUACCAUCUCAGAAGGAGAUUGAGUGUCGGCUAGCUGCACUGAAGAAGGACUCUCAACGGCCCAUGCCUUCCACCAGGGAGAUGGAGGACAGGUUAGCCCUGUUAAGAGGCCAGACCCCACCUUCUCAGGCUCCUAAACCCAAUCAUCAGGCUCCUGAUAGCAGGUCUCAAGCAGAGCAAGCCAAUGACCUAUUCAAACAGAUGUCUGAAGAAGCAGCCAUAGAUGAGAAGUACGGCUCUGGUAUUGAAGAUGACGGAAUGAAUGACCUGAAUAAAGGAAUUGAUCCGCGAAACUUCAAAUGUGACACUGCUAAAAACAUCAAUCUUCUCGAGGAGAAUUAUCUCAUGGACCAAGCAACAGCUGAACUGAAACAGGAUAACUUGCAACAGGAGCGUAUCUUAAAGAUAUCCAGGAGACUGGCCACAUUGAAAGGAGACGAUCCGAAUGCUGGUGAGUUAUCUAUGGAUGACUGGAAACAUGCCGGGCUAGAUAGUGAUGAAGAAAAUGAGGAACUGCUGACCCAGCGAAUUCUGAAACAGGUAAAUGAAGAAAUUGCUUUGGAUGAAACAAGUGGCUACAAUAUCCCUGUUGAGCAACCUAAACCAGUCAACCCAGUGCCUGCAGGGAGAAAGCAACUGCCUACCUCCCCUGCUCGAGCAGCAGCUGAGACUGCAGACAGUGAUGAAGAGCUACCUUGGUGUUCCAUCUGUAACAACGAUGCUGUCCUCCGUUGCCAUGGCUGUGAUGGAGACCUCUACUGCCAUCGAUGCUUUAGGGAAGGACAUGACAAAUAUGAGCAGAAGGAACAUAAAACAUCCAAGUAUAGUCAACCAAAGAAGAAGAAAUGAGAGAGAGUCCACACCCUUGGCACAAUCUGACACUGAAGAAAUUAAACACUGCAUCAGCAAUUGCAUAAAUCCCUAUCCAAUUAGCAAAGUGCUACUGGAGGAUUGAUCAUAACUCACUCUUCUGCAACAGAGUCUUGAUGGACAGCAUCCAAAGUAUUUCUGUUAUUACAAGACUCGUGUCUGCAGUGCUGUAGUAGUGGUACCUGUGCCUCAUCAACGGUGAUCACUACAUUAUCUUCUGUGGGGUGCUCGUGUUUUAUAAAGUUUGCAUAUAACACGAUUAGACAAGGCUGCACCUUAAGACUCCAAAUGUUAACUUUUUGCUUGUCUAACAUGUGUAAAAAGACUGUAACAUAAGACUUAGAUUAGUAUUGACUCCAAUUAUUAUUUAAUGGAGUGAUUAUUUUGAACCACAAUUUAUCUCGUGUAUAAUUUAUUGAAACAAGUGAUAACACAUUCGUGGACAAAUCCUAACAAUAUACUGAUAUUUUAAUAAUUGCUAUCGAACAAGGUUGUCAUAAGCCAUUACCUUCUUAUUUAAACCCUCUUAGGGAUUUCUAUGUGUCUGCUCUUUGUACAGAUGCUCUGAUUCUAAACACAUAACAUGUUAUGACAUUGCGGAUAGCAAAGUUGUGACAUUGCUGAAUAAACAUGUUCCCAGUAAAAUCAGGUAUUUGCUAAAAAAAAUGCCCUAACCACUAUUUCAAAACAUUUUAUAAUGAAUGCAGCUCGUAUACCAACAUCAAUUAAAUAUUGGGCCUUAUUGGA